UCUGAUAAAACAACAAAGUAAACUUUGCAUAAAUGCGUGUGAAAAAUUUUCGCGCCGUAUAAAAUUUUAUUUUUACACAUAUUCUUUUCAUUUAAAUUGCUAUUAAUUAACUUAAAAAGUUAACUUAACCAAUAAACAAAGUGCAAAUUAUAGUUUAGUUAAAAAAAUUUAAGGAAAUAAAAGAAAAUAUAUGUUUUUAUAGCAGUGAGUGUGUUUGGAAAAGAGAUUGUGUGUGAAAAUUAGCUAGAACAGAAGACCAAGAAGAAGCAGCAGCGGCGUAGCGUUGGUGUAACGAGUGCGAAAAAAGAAUAGAAGAAAAAAAAAUAUACCAAGAAAAUAAAUAUGAAAAAAAUGCCACCGCAAAAGAAACGUGAAAAAGAAACAAAAGAUGCUGUGGCAUCUGCUGCUGCCCUAAAUGGUAACAACAACAACAAUAAUAACAAUAGCAAUCAUAAUAACAAUUCCACAUUAGUGGACAAUAAACAACAACAACAGCAAAAUGCAAUAAAUGGUAAUAGUGCUGAAGCAAUGACAGGCAUUGGCACGAAUACAGUGGCUACGGCGGCAUCAGCAGCAGCGGAACAAACUAAACUUAAUAGCCACCAGCAAGAGCAGGAACUCUUUUUACAGGCAUUUGAAAAACCCACACAAAUUUAUCGUUUUUUGCGUAAUCGCCACGGUACUAGUCCGAUUUUCUUGCAACGUACUCUUAGCUAUAUGAAGGAACGCAUGUCUCGUACUCAUCGCAAGCGUAACAAUUUCAAAAUCAACACCAUGCUGGAUGUUUUAACACAAAAAAGUCAAACAUUAUCAAAUAAUUAUUUGAAUAUCAUUUACAAUGGUUUGUUUGAGAAAGCGGCCAGUGGGGAACAUGCCUGGCAGGCUGGUGAUAAGGUUACAGUGGAAUCAACUUUGUAUAAAAUAACCAAAAGUAAACGUAAAGACAGUACCUCAGAUUUUCAAGAAAUUUUGACUUACAGUUCUAGUGUUAUUUAUAAUCCUGUUGAUACCAUGCAACAAUUUACUGCCAUUUCCAUACCUGCUCAAUCUAUACAUCCACUCGGUGAUCAACACACCAUCUAUAAACUAUUGUUUCGCAUUAAAGUUAAGCCCGCCGGACAGGAUGAAGUCAUUGCUAAUGGUGGCCAUGAGGACACUCCCACCAAACGCUCUAAACUAGCCACUAAGCUGUAUGGCUGUGAAUUAAUCGUUUACGAAAAGAAUAGCGGCUGUAUACCCGAGGGUGAUUAUGAGGCCGCUUUACAAGAGCUCAAUUCUUCAAGUAUUAAAUCAUUUUCACCAAAGAAACGCAGCUGGGAAACUUUACCCGAUAAUUACAUUCCAAUAACCAUGAAAUUUGAUGUCUUCAGUCAAUAUCCCACUUUAAAGUUUCGUUUAACCUGGUCGGCCAAUGAGUUGCCCAAGGAAAUCUCUUUAACAGAAAUGGAUACCUAUUGUACAUUUAACGAUUUAACCCAUGGUAUUGACUGUGAGAAUACCAAUACCACCAACAACAAUGAUCAAAUAAAUCACAAUAAUAAUUGCCUGAAAACAGCAACAAAUAUGUCGACUUCCUCUACAGCAACAACCAAAAAUAAUGGCAAAUCUAACAAUAACAAUACAACCACCAUAUCUAAACCCUUAGCCAAAACUGAGAAAAUACAAAUUGUUUAUAAUUUUUUGUACAGCAACAAUACACGUCAACAGACCGAAUACACCCAAGAGGUCAUUUGCCCCUGGUGCGGUUUAGACUGUAUGCGUUUGUAUUCAUUGUUAAAACAUUUGAAAUUAUGUCAUGCACGAUUUAAUUUUACUUAUCAGCCGGCUGCUCAAAAUGGUGCUAGAAUUGAUGUUACCAUAAACGAUUCAUAUGAUGGUUCAUAUGCUGGUUCACCGUAUGAUUUGGCCGGACCAUCGGGUUGUUCGUUUGCACGUACGUGUGGUCCCGUACGUCGUACUAGCGUUACAAAUUUAUUGGUUUGUCGUCCGCGACGACAGAAGACAUGUUUGGAUGAGUUUUUGGUUUUGGAUGAGGAUGAUUUGAGUAAUCAGAGACCCUAUAUAACGGGUCAUAAUAGACUUUAUCAUCACACCGAAACCUGUCUGCCAGUCCAUCCCAAAGAACUCGAUAUCGAUUCAGAAGGUGAAAGUGAUCCCUUGUGGUUGCGUCAAAAGACCAUACAAAUGAUUGAUGAAUUCACCGAUGUCAAUGAGGGCGAAAAAGAACUAAUGAAACUAUGGAAUCUACAUGUCAUGAAACAUGGCUAUGUGGGUGAUUGUCAAUUGCCUUUGGCCUGUGAAAUGUUUCUUGAUGCAAAUGGCCAUGAGAUAAUACGUAAAAAUAUCUAUCGUAAUUUUAUUUUACACAUGUGUUCCCUCUUCGAUUAUGGUCUAGUAUCCCCAGAAACUUUAUAUAAAACUGUACAAAAACUACAGGGCAUUUUAAGUAAAUAUCGUGAUGGACAAGAAAUGAUGUCUAAACAACGUGAGGCCCAAUUAAAAUAUUGGCUAGAGGUGGGUAUACACAAACAAGAUGAGCAAAAACUCAAAUCACCACAAAAACCUGUAGCGCCAACAAUAACAAAUGCUAAUAAUGCCGUGGCAGAAAGUAAAGGUGAUAAAGCCAACGAUGCUAAAAACUCUAUGCAACCGCCUAGCAAACGUUCUUCUAGUGCCGUUAAACGUUCUAGUGUCAAUGCCAAUGGCGGCAGUGUAAAUGGUGCUGCUGGAGAAAAACUAAGUAAUGGUAAAAGUGUGGCACGCAAGUCAGCUACUCAGGAGGAUGAUGCCAAAGAUAAAUCCAAUAGUCUAAAGAGAACGGCCAAUGGUGAUAGAAAAUCAGAAGCCAAAGCUAAAAGUGAGGCAGACAACAAAACUCAAGCAGCUAAAAGAAGACUUUCUACAAGGGAUGAUAAUAGUGUUGAUGUUGAUGGUGCUGCCAAUGAUGAUAAAAAACAAAAGAAAAGUGUUUUUAAAAUACACGAACAUCAUCAUCACUUCGAUGAGGUUGUGGUGGUGGCAAAACAAAUGCCUCCUGAGGAGUUUAGUAAUAACAAUAAUAAUGAUAAUAAUACAAAUAAUUGUUCUAGUACUAGUAGUUCUUCAUCUAUUAUUUUACAGUGAUUAUUAUUUUAUUAUUGUGUGAGUUUUAUUAUUUUAGCUCUUAAGUUGAGGUUAUAAAUUAUUAACAAAUUUGAAAGCAUAGUUGUGUAAGGGAAACAGUGUUGAAAAUUGUGAAGAAUUUGAGAUUUUGCUAAAGCGUAUGGAUUUUUAUAGAAAAUUCUUUAAUGCGUAAUAAUUUUUAAGGAAAAAUGAAUAAGGCGAAUUCAUUUCUAUGGAAAAUUCUAUAAGGCGAAUUCAUUUCUAUGGAAAAUUCUAUAAGGCGAAUUCAUUUCUUUGAAAAAUUGAAUAAAGCGAAUUAAUUGUUUGUAAAAAAUUCAUAAGGCGAAUUCAUUUCUGUAUAAAUGUCAUAAGGCGAAUUAAUUUCUAUACAAAAUUCAAUAAGGCGAAUUCAUUUCUAUGGAAAACUUUGUAAGGCGAAUUCAUUUUAGCCAAAAUUUUAUAAGGCGAAUUAAUUUUAUAGAAAAUUUAAUAAGGCGAAUUCAUUUCUAUGGAAAACUUUGAAGGCGAAUUCAUUUUAGCCAAAAUUUUAUAAGGCGAAUUAAUUUCUAUAGAAAAUUUACUAAGGCGAAUUCAUUUUUAUGGAAAAUAUACAAACUAAAAUUCACUUCUUCAAUGAGACAAAUUCAUUUCCAUUGAAAAUACACACAAAAAAUAGAAAAUUCACUAAGACGAAUUAAUUUCUAUGAAAAAUUCACUGAGGCAAAUUGAUUUCUAUGAUAAAUUACAUAUGGCAAAUUCAUUUCUAUCGGAAAUUUAAUAAGGCGAAUUACUUUCUAUGGAAAACUCAUUUUUAUUGAAUAUUUACAUAAUAAAUAUAAAAUUCACUACGACGAAUUAAUUUUUGUAAGGCGAAUUUAUUUCUAGGGAAAAUUUAACAAGGCGAAUUCAUAUUUGCAAAAAUUUUAUAAUUCGAAUUAAUUUCUAUGGAAUAUUAACCAAGGCGAAUUCAUUAAUACAAACAAAAUCAAUAAGGCGAAUACAUUUCUGCAAAAAUUUUAUAAAGCGAAUUAAUUUCUAUGGAAUAUUAGCUAAGGCGAAUUCAUUAAUACAAAAAAAAAUCAAUAAGGCGAAUACAUUUCUGGAAAAAUUUUAUAAGGCGAAUUCAUUUCUGUGAAAAAUUUAACUAAGCGAAUUCAUUUUUGCAAAAAUUCUAUAAUUCGAAUUAAUUUCUAUGGAAAAUUUGAUAAGGCGAAUUCAUUUCUAUUGAUAUUUCACCAAGGCGAAGUCAUUUCUAUGGAAAAUGCGAAUAAAGGCGAAUUUAUUUAUGUAAAAAUCAAUAAGGCGAAUUCGAAUUUAAUAAGGCGAAUUCAUUUCUAUGGAUAAUUCAUUUAAACAAAUUCAUGUCUGCGAGAAUUCUAUAAAGCGAAUUCAUUUCCGUAAGAAUUCAAUAAGGUAAAUUAUAUUUCUAUAUAAAAUUCAAUAAGGCGAAUUUAUUUCUGCAAAAAUUCUAUAAGGCGAAUUCAUUUCUAUAGAAAAUUUAAUAAGGCUAAUUCGUUUCUAUAAGAAUUCGAUAAGGCGAUUUCAUUUCUAUAGAAAACUCACUAAGGCGAAUUCAUUUCUAAGAAAAAUUCAAACAAACAGAAGAUUCACUAAGGAGAAUUCGUUUCUAUUGAAAAUUCAGGUUCGCAGUACCGUAUCUGAUAUUAAUAUAAACAGCUUUUUAAACAAAAUUUUGAAAAAGUUUUUUGAAAACUUUUGAAAAAUUUAUGUUUUUAAUUUCUCGGCUCGUAGGACCAUUUUUUAAAAAUGUUUAAAUAUCAAUGUUUGAAAAUAGUUAAAAUACUUGUUACUUUUUUUUUUUUUUGGAAAAUAUUAGAAAGAAAAAGGUUAUUAUUUAUCGGCUCGUAGGACCAUUUUUUAAAAAAAAUAUUUAAAAACCAAUAUUUUGCAAAAGUUUUAAAAAGUUUCGUAAAAUUUAUUUUGUUUUAUUGAAUUCUAGACUAAUUUUCAACACUGUUUCUUUACAUUUUGCUAAAGUUUUUGAAAAAAAUUUAAUAAAAAAAUUUUACAAAAUUUUAUAAAAAAAACAAUUGACUAAUUUAAGUUAAAGCAUUUGUUAAAAUUAAUAAUUUUAAGUAAAAAUAG